ACCACUGCCUUUUACCUUAUCUAUCUAUCUGUCUAUUUAUUUAUUUAUUUAUUUAAAUUUGUAUUCUUUAUCCAAAGUGAGACUGAGUCCAGUGCAACUGGAACAGGACGAUGUAACUCUUACAGAACUAAGUGAAGUUAAUAGAGGCAGGACAGAGUAAAAGUGAUGAGUUGGUUGAGGAUCAGAGUAUACAAAACUAAACAGGAUAGAUGCAGUAAGUGUUAAUCAGGAGUGCUCUGCUUGUCCUAAACUAUAAAUAAAUGGUUAAUACCUGCAUUAAUCAUUAAUUGGUGAUCUGAUAGAUGAUCUGAAGAUGUUUUCCCCAGAAAUUUCAAACAAUCAUUACGUUAUGCUUCUGCUCCAGAAAAUAAAGCUAAACAGGCUUUGUCUGUUUUUCUCCAUCUGCAUCAUUUUAUAUUAUAUUUGCCUUUAAAGUCUUCAAGAUGAACAGAUUUUGGGACACACUGGACAUUUCCUGUGAUUCAAUGAUCGUUUAACUGAAGUGUCACGUGACUGGAAACCCAACACCUAAUUCUCAUAGUCUGCAUCCUAUAAUAGGGAAUAGUAUACAGCCAAUAGUAAAAGUUUGCCAUUUGGGACACCUCCGCGAGGGGAACUGAGGGGAAGUGUGCGAGGGCGCAUCAGAUAACAACAGUGCUGGGACGAGGCCGUGGUGUGUUCACUUUCCCUCGCGGUUAGUUGAGGUUUAACAGCGGAGCGGGGGAUGCUGUGGCUUUCGUCUCAUCCUCUCUGCAUGCACAUCACAGCGAGUAUCUCAUGCAAGGACAGUUCCUUGCUUACGAAGACUGUAAGAGGACGUUUUUGACCAAACAGGAAAGUCUUGCUGUGUUCCUGAUGGAGGGAAGGUUGGGAGGCUUUCAGGAAGGACACCAUGUUUCCCUGUGUUUCCUCAUGGCCUUCUGCUGAAGCAUCCGCCCCUCUCGGCUAUGCCCCAUCCACUCCUGCAGCCCAGACACCUGAUCAGACGCUUCCGGACCUGCUGCGCGGGUGUGCCACGCUCUCAGCCCCUCCCCUGAGCCCCUGUACUGUUGACAUGGAGUCACUCAUUGUGGUUACGGAGUACGAGCCUAGCGGGGACAGGAUGGGCGACGUUGAGGAGGAGGAGCCAGAGGAGAUGGAUAGCUCGGAGACGCCCGAGCUGGCCUCAGCUCCACCCCCGCCCUUCCAUGUGCCAUCCUGUGACCUUUUAUCGCAUACAGCCAGUCGACCUGAGGCGCUCUUCCCGGAGGCGCAGGAACACCGUGGCAGGCUGAACCUCUCAGACAGGAAGCUGUCAUUGCAGGAGCGCUCACACACCCUGUCUUCACCCUGCGGCUCACCCGGCCUCAACGGGCGCUACAUCUACCCCUCGCUUCCCUACUCCCCCAUCACCUCGCCCCACUCUUCCCCUCGCUUGCCUCGUCGACCCACUGUCGAGUCGCACCGAGUUUCCAUCACUGACCUGCAGGACUGUGUGCAGCUGAACCAGUACAAGCUGAAAGAUGAGAUCGGAAAGGGGUCCUACGGAGUUGUCAAACUGGCCUACAAUGAAGACGACAACACCUACUACGCGAUGAAGGUCCUGUCCAAGAAGCGUCUGAUGCGGCAGGCUGGUUUCCCACGAAGACCUCCUCCUCGAGGGGCCCGCUCUGCUCCUGAGGGUCCACCUCAGCCCAAAGGCCCCCUGGAGCGGGUGUACCAGGAGAUCGCCAUCCUCAAGAAGCUCGACCAUCCUAAUGUGGUCAAGCUGGUGGAGGUGCUGGAUGACCCAAGUGAGGACCAUCUGUACAUGGUAUUUGAGCUGGUCAAGCGAGGCGCGGUGAUGGAGGUCCCAACUGAUAAACCCCUGAAUGAAGAGCAGGCUCGCUUCUACUUCCAGGACCUGCUCAGAGGAAUCGAGUACUUACACUAUCAGAAGAUCAUUCACCGUGAUAUUAAACCAUCUAACCUGUUGGUUGGUGAGGAUGGACACAUUAAAAUCGCUGACUUUGGGGUCAGCAACCAGUUUGAGGGAGCCGAUGCCCUGCUGACCAGCACGGUGGGAACGCCGGCAUUCCUCGCUCCAGAGACGCUCUCCGAGACCCGCAAGAACUUCUCGGGCAAGGCUCUGGAUGUUUGGGCCAUGGGGGUCACGCUGUACUGCUUCGUUUUUGGCGUGUGUCCCUUCAUGGACGAGCGCAUACUGAGUCUGCACCAGAAGAUCAAAACUCAGCCCGUGGAGCUUCCUGAGCAUGCUGAUGUGUCUGAUGAUUUGAAGGACCUCCUUUUUAAGAUGCUGGAGAAAAAUCCUGAAAACAGAAUAACCGUGCCACAGAUCAAGGUUCACCCUUGGGUGACACGGCACGGGGCGGAGCCUCUUCCUCCUGAGGAUGACAACUGCUGCAGUCUGAUCGAGGUGACAGAGGAGGAAGUGGAGAACUCAGUGAAACAUAUCCCCAGUCUGGCCACAGUGAUCUUGGUGCGCACCAUGCUGCGUAAGCGAUCAUUUGGGAAUCCUUUCGACUGGAGCCGCAGGGAGGACCGCAGCCCCACUACACAGGGUCACGGCCUAACAAAAGGGAGAGCAGGGAAUUUACGGUACUGCUACAUUCACGGUAACCAAAGGAAACAAGGAAGUGGAGACGGCAUACGCAGCGUGGACUUGCCCUUCGUAGGCGAGGAUGAAGUGCUUUCCUGACAACCUCACGUCUGACUGAAAGGGCUUAGUGUCUCACGCCCCCGGGAUGUGGAUGAUGGGGGAUUUGGUACGGUUCCCGAGCGCCAUCGUGCAGCUGGGACACGUGGAUGGCGUGUGGGGCGUUUCCCCUACAACAUGCAUGCAUUUGUACAGUUUUACAGCAGCAUGCGCUGUGUGUGUGUCAUCUCAGGACACACUCUUCCUUAUAUUUGUGAGUGUGUAUGUGUGAGUGUGAGUGUGUGUUUAUUUCCCCUCCUGUCCAGUGCGGAGGCUGUGCUUGCACUUUUACUAUAUGGAGUGGGAUCACGCUAUUUCUUGAAGCACAUGGUGGAGGCGGUUUGAACGUGAUUGGCUGUUUCUCAACACAAGAAGUGCAAAAAAACAAACUCCUAAGUACUUGGCUAAUAGCUUCCAGUUAGCUUAAAGCUACCACAGGAGGUUAUUGUUAGCUAGCUGAUUUAGCUAAGCUUUGCCUCCUGAUGGUGGAAAUAUAAAGCAGACUUUCAUAUCAGGCCUUGUUUCUACCAAAUCGUAAAUAUCCUCUGAUUGUGUAACCAGUUUAAUAAAAUCAGCAUGUAGACUGUGCUCACAGUGAACGAUCUCGUUAGUGACUGAGUUUGUCCUCCAUGUUUGUAGGAUCAGGAACACUUUCAGGUAUUUAAACCGCUUUUCAGGACGUCAGCAAUGAGUCGAACGAAAGACAGCGUCAAGCGAGAACGCAGAUUGAGAAACAGCCCGUGUCCAGAUCACCAUCAGGGUUUGAUAUUAAAUAGGUUUGGAGUCGAUUUAUUUAUAGAUCCUUUAUUAAAGAACUAGAAUGUAAAAAAGAAUAAGGUUCUCGUGCACCAUUCUGCAAAAAAAAAAAAACAUUACACGUUACCUGCAUUUGAACUGUCAAGCAAUAGAGGUCGCUGCUGUAUCAGAUAAAGUUUAGUUAAAUUAAUGAUGUUUAAUUUUUUAUUGAAUGGCAUGUUUUAUUUUUAUUUUAAAGCUGAAAUUCCAGUCUAUAAGAGAGUUCCACAGUUUGCAGAUUGAGCACUGAACAAAUCUAAAAACUCAGCUCCUGAUCUCUUCCUCUGUGAUUUUGUCAAACUUUUAAUAACACUCCCGAAGUUGUGUCUCAAAUUGCAUACACGGUGUGAACAUAAUUAUUGGCACCCUUUAUGAAAAUUAUUUUGUGUCUAGGACAACUGAUACUUUAAUCUUAAACAUAUGGGGACACUAUAUCGUAUUAUUUGAAAUGCAUAUUAUUUUUUCAAACAUUGAUUUAGUCGAUGUGUAUGCAAAAUACAGGUUUCAAAAUUAUUGGCACCCCCACAAUUAAGGUGAGAGUAGCAUUGCGUUUUGUGAUGUCUAACAAGGUUGUAGACAGCAUUCCAAGCCCCUUUACAUACUCAGGUUCGUGCAUGUGGAGUCAUCAAUCUUAGUGCAUUGUACAGAAGUGUGUGAUUUGAGACACAGCCCAGGUUAGUGCUGAACCCAACACUCAUCUUAAAUUAAAGAUCCAGUGUGCAGUGUUAGUAAUGUUAGUAAUCACAUCAGCCUGGUGUUGUAUUCUUUAUUUAUUUUGCUAAAAUAUUACCCAAGUCUGGGUACCCAAGUCUUUGUGGCCCAAGUCUUGAUAUUUCUCUCUAGCAAAUCAUUAAUGUAUAAAGGUUAAACUGCCCUGACCAGUGAUCAUAUCCACAGUAAACUACAUUCAGGGUGGUGUGUGAAUGUGAACACUCACUAAUGGAUCAAGUCAAGUCAGGAAACUGGGUUUUUAUAAUGGGGAAGGUGGAAUGAGGGAAUUUUAGCAAGUUUACAAAAUGGCCACAAUGUUCCUUCACCCAAAAUGUAGUCAAUGAAACAAGAUAUGUUUGGUGUGUACAAGGCUAAUGUGGCUAAGAGUUUAGCAUCGUCUAACAUCGUUUAGCAUAGUUUAGCAUUGUUCAAGAACUCUUAAGUUUAAGAUAAUAGUUAUGUUUCUGAUAAAGUUAAUAGGGAAUGUAGAAAUGGUGUUUAGUGAGAUGCCCUUUGAGGUGACUUAGACAUGCACCAUGCCAAACUGGUGGCUAUAAGCUUCUAUUACUUAAUAGCUACAUUAGCAUUGUAACUGCAGUGGAAAACACCAAAUGUCUGACACCAAACAUGCCAUUUACAUUUUCAGUAACAGGGACAUUGUGAUUUAUUGUACAUUUGAUUUUGUUCCUUGUUUUUUUUUUUAGGGUGACUUAACAAACAGAUUUCUUCAGUGUUUGCAAACCGUGCAAACCUUUUUAUUAUGAACUGAUAUUUUACCAAAAUAUUACAAACUGGUGCAUCUUUGGAAAAAAAAAAGACGUGGUCAUGUUGCAAGUGUAUUAGUUAUUGACAUUUCAAUAUUAGACGUAUAGAUUGCAUCUUUUUUAGAGAAAUACAAUAACUUUUACAAGCUAUGCAUGACUUGAUUGAACUUUUUGGACAUAAAUGUAUGCCUUACAUUUCAUCAUUGUAACUUUUUGAUACUAUAUAGCUAAAGUAGGAUCAUUUAUGCUUGAGCUGCCAUAGUGUAGAACAGUAGUGUGUGUGUGUGUGUGUGUAUGUGUGAGUGAGAUUUUCUUUGCUUCUGGGCUUUUGCCCUUCUUCAGCUGUAUAUAUUAUUGUGCUUGUGGCUGCUGCUUUUCUGCCACUGAACUUCCUUUAUGCCACACACACACACACACACCUUGAUGUUAAAGAGUUUUGUGCUUCCACGGUGAGGAGGGUUUGUGUUUGAGCACGAGUGUGUCGGGUUUUCUGCAUUUCGCUUCAUGCAUGUUGACUGAGAGCUCAGCGCAGGACAUUGUGUGGUUUUUAACACUAUUACUAUGCACAUGAAGCUGUGUUUGUUGCGUUGAUGUUGGAUAGCAGGAGAAAAGUUUGGUUGGAGUGUAUAUUAUUAACUGAUACAGGUCUCAAGAAGGAGUACAAUAUUAUAUACUGCACUAUUUUCCGGAUUAUAAGACGCUAAAGAUAAGUUUUUCCAGCACGCAGUGCACCUCGUCUCAGUAAAUGACCUCUUAUUUUGCCUACUUAUUUUGCCGUACUGUAACGAAAUACAUAAUUUGGUUUCCCUUCUCGUAGGGUAACAAGAGAACUGAACAGAGAUGUGUGGGCGGAGCUAACAGUGCUGAUCACUGAUUGGUCAAACACAACGGUGCCAGAAUCGUCUCUGACUAGAAUGACUUUUCUACCAGACAUUAUGGCACAAUGAUAUUCGGUAGUAGUGUAGUAACUGUCUGACCAACUUUAGAUUUCUUUAGACCAUCUUCAAAUGUUGAAUCCUAAAUAGCUUCUAAAGCACUAUGUGUCCUUCAUCCGAAUGCACUACAUGACCAAUGAAACAUGAAUUCAACCAUGGAAAAUGUCACCAGACAAAGUUUACACUCAACAUCCUCUGUAUUUUUUACUAAGAUUUAAAGUAUUGGCACCUUUGCCUUUUUUGGGUCACUUGCUGCCAUUAAAACUCAGAGGCAGCUGACAACACACACACACACACACACACACACUUUAAUCCAAAAUGAACGGUGGUCUUGUAUGUUUUUUAAAUUCCAUGUUAAAGAAAAUCAAAAUAAAAUUGUAAGUAGUAUUUUACUAAUCAUGCUCAUUGCAUCACUAGUCUCCACCCCCUACACCCUCCAGAGAAACUCCGCCCACUUUCACAGGUACAGAAAUUCAACCUAUAGUUAUUGUACAGAAACUCAACCUAUUUGUUAUUGUACAUUGCUGUCUGGUGGAAAACACUAUUAGUGUACUUAUGGUGUCUUAAUGCUGCGUUCUGGUGUUGUCAGAAGUCCAAUAUAUAGCCAGGUUGCUACUCCUGACUUUUUUGGGUUUUCUAUCGAAAACUAAUAGUUUGCAAGCAUUGUAGGAGGAUGAACAUUAAUAACUACAGUACCACAACAUUAAUCAAUCAAUCAAUCAAUCAAUAUUACACAAAAAUAUACUGUAUGUGAUUAUAGUGUGAUUAAGCUGUAAUGCUCCAAGAUGCUAAUUGAAAAUAUGAAGGUUUUAUUUUUGUUUUAUUACAGUUUACCCACUGUUAGCAAUGAAACAUGAAAAAAGUGUUCCAUUAAAACCUUAAAUCUUUGAAUUUAAGGACAUUUUAAAUUCAUUGCCUGCUCUCAAAUUGUAAAAGGACUCUAAAUGAGUGCUUUGUUAAAGCCAUUACUGUAAGACUGUAAGAUUUGUUUUACAUUUAAUAUUAGACAGUGGUGAAAUCCACUGUAAGACAAAUAUAAUUUAUGUACUACCAUAUUAGAGUAGCGUAAUUAGAGUGAUCCAGAUUGAUGGCAGCUGUGUUUAUGUCAGUAACCAUGUGCAAAGUGGAUUUCAUCCGAGUUUCCAAUUAGGAAAUCUGACUGACCGGUGAACUGCACAUUUUCCGAGUUGAAAGGUCCAUAAUUUCUCAAGUUACGAAUACAACAGAACACAGCAUAAUCUACAACUACUUGGUGUUAUAAUAAAAAGAUCUCAUAUAAACACUAGCACAAAUUAGAGUUAGCAUACUGGCAAUGUUCUAAGCAGAAAAAACCAGAAUUAAAAUGGGUGCCUCUUAUGGUCCGGAAUGUAAGUGAAGAUUUUAAAAUAAAUUUGACUGUAGUGUGACAGAUUUGGAAAAUCUUUUAAAACCACACCAGGAUAUUUACCCUGGGCCAUAUUCAGAGUUGGUGACUUAAGUCCAAAGGUUACGUCAAUAUGUGCGGGGGGAAGUUUGUACACAUUGAGAGUUCAGUUAUGUAGGUACUCAAGUUGAUUUUCUGGGCUUCCCAUUGAGAUUAUUAAAAUCACCUGCAUGUAGUUGGUGUCUCCGAGACAGGGUUUUUUCAACAGCAUCAAGACAACUGCCUUUAAACACAAGCACUUGCCUUUAAACCAGAAAAAAAAUCAGGGAUAGAAAAUUUUCUUCAAAUUUGCUGUCAAAUAUGGUAUGAUAUAACAUGAUAUAAUGAAAAAAAAAAAGACAUUUUAAAAAUGAAAAGUAAAAAAAGAAUAAUAUGAUCAUACAGUAUAUGAAUUAGAAGAUGGCAAGCUUUGAAAAACAUCUAGUAGGAGUUUUAAUUUGGUUUAAUUCAACAAUAUGGCUUCGAUCCUCAUUAUUUAGCAGCUCAUAAAAUAGAUUCAGCACAUCUUAUUAUGUUGCAUUUUAUUAUAAAUUUUUAAAAAAUCUAUUGUAGAUGGUUAGUGGUGCGCACAACUUAAUGAAGCCACGUGAAGCCAAAAUUGAGGUCUUGUAAUGUGUUUGUGAGAUAUAAUGUAUCACAACUUUAAUUCCAGUAAUGCCAAUUUCUUAGUUAAUUCAGUGCACUCUUCUGUAAAGAAAAUGUGCUGACGAUGCCAAAUUCAUAACUUUAUCCAUUCAUAACUUCAAGCAAAACUGGUUAUUGACAUAAUCAGUCUCAGAUUAAGAUGCGUCUCUCUGUGCAAAGAAAAAAAAAAAAAACAAAAAAAAAAACACAACUCUAAAGGGACGAUACUAUUAAUGAAUUGUGUCAUAUUUAUGUAUUUAAUAUUGGCCUCAAAUGACUUUUUGUCUUUAGUGUUUUUGAGCCCAAAUAAAAAUUUCAGCUUACAUAUUGUGGUUACAUCAAACUGUCAGACAGUGGCGCUGGACUUAAUACUGCUUCUCGUUGAGCCUUAAGACAAGGGGCAGAAUCUCGCAUAACUGAGACACUCCUCUGUUUCCUUUAAACGUCGCCCUGUGAGCAUAACUCUCACGUACCUUCUGAAUAGCUGUAGUUACAUCUGAGGCCUGAAUAAUUAUGUGUGCAAUUUUGGUAUUAAAUACUCACUACACGCACUUAACUCUGAAUACGGCCCCCUGAGCUAUUAAAACACAAAGCUAGAUUAAAUGACACUUCAAAAACACAUUUGCAGAAUUUUGUCCUGUUGUUUGAUAUUGAUAUAAUUCUGUUUUUUAGCUUGCCAAAAAUGAUACUUAUUUUCAGCAUGUACCCUAUUUUAUGUAUAAAGGCACUUGCUCAGGUGCGUUUGCUUACGUUUUGGCCUGCACACCGUAUGAAGUUGAACUGAAAUCGGCAAGGUUUGAACUGCAGUUUAAAAGCGACAAUGCUGUAAGAUAUUUGUAUCUGUACAUAUAUAUACGUAGGCUUUUUAUCUCGAUGGUGUGUGCCCAGGUUUGACUGAAGGGCUAGAGGACAUAUCACGUACACACACGUAGGGUUUAGCACCUGUAGUGAAGAGUGUUUACAUGGAUUUAACUGCAUGCCAUCAUCAUCAGCACACACCAUUUCUGAGCAUGUUGGAAUGUUUGACAUGAGUCACAGUGAUCUCAUCACUUAUCACUCUAUACAUAUUGUAUCCUGUUCAAUAUUUGAAUAAACUGAAUAAAUAUUUGAUUAAAUUGCCAUUACUCUGUUUCUGAGGAUUUUAUCUGUUUAAGUGUGCUUUUCUCAGAAAAAAACGAAUGGUUUAAAGGUGUGGUUUGCAAGUUUGUCAUUUACAAACUUAUCAUGCAACUGAUAACUAUUUUCUUUAUUUCAGGCCUCUGCUGUUUUUUUUUUUGUUUUUUUUUUUUUGUGUCACAGCAGAGCUUCCAAAUUUUAAAAAAGUUUAACUUUUCAUUAAAGCACCCAGUGAUGUCAAGCACUUUUUAACAGGUUGUAAGUUGGGAGGUAAGCGAGAAAAACAACCAUGGAGGACAAAGUGCUGGGGAAAAAUGAGUCUUGUCAUUGAAUGACUAUGACAUGUAAAAUUUUUUAUUGCCAAUAUUCCAAUUAAUCUAAUCUUUAUUGGUUAUUAUUAGUUAUUUAUUACUGAUAAAUAAUAAAUACAUAAAAUAAAUAAAUAAGUUAUAAACUGAAUAAUAAAUCUAGAGUGUGAUUUAGGUUAGAUGCUUUUUUCAGCACAGAAGGUGCUUCAGCCAGCCAAAAAUCAAUCAAACAAACAAAAGGAAGCCUAUGCUAAAUAUUACAUACUGCCCCUUUAAUAUUAAAUUGUGAAACAUUCCCAUUGAGACGCUGACAGCUUUGGUGAACUGGCUGGAUGCUCAGUUAGUGCACUCACGCGAAUGAGACCUCGAUUUGAGACACAACCGCUUGUUUUGGUUUCCAGUAACAUGAUGGGAAUUCCGGCUCUUUUCAGUGAGUCAGUGCAAUCGGCUCAGCUGAACAACAAGAGUCGACUCCUUCAGCCCCCAAACGGCUCAUUAUCAGUUUUAAAACAAACGUAAAAAUGUAAAACAAAUGUAAAACAAGCAAGGGGUUAUAUAUUUGCUUUCUGCACAAAACAUUCCUGCAUAUAUAAUAUUAAUAUUUAAUAUUGAACUGCUGCUGCAUCUGUGCUUAACUUACGUAGAAUUCAAUGACUGUUGUACUUUCUUAUACUUUAAUUUUCAGUAGAAGGAUAUGUUAGGGUUCUUUACAUAUGCGAGUCGGCUCCCAAAGUUCACUCAAAAGAGCCAGUUCAAAGAAUCGACUCUUUGGUGAACAAUGCAUCACUAGUUUCCAGGGGUAACCAGUGAAUCACUGAAUAGCGGUGAAACGUCUUAGCAUCUAAGCUAGCUGCUUUAGCGUAGCACUGCAUGUAUUAUUUAACAACAACAAAAAGUUUCGUUCAGUGCUAUCCAAUGAUUUAAUAUGGAAAGCUUAAAAUAUUUACUUGCUAGUUAGCCAGCUAGCUCGUGGGAUAACGCUGAAUUUCCUCCAGCUAGCAUUAGUCAGUAAAUAAGCUAACAGCUAAUUAUCUGUAGUUAGUGUAAGCGCUUAAUGCAGAGUCGCGACAGUUUUUGAGGUGUUAUUUAUCUAAUUUGGUGAAAUGUUCACGGAUGAAUCUCGCGAUAUUUUCGGUUUUCAGUCAUCGUGGAAAAAGUCGCACGGACAGACUCAGGACUCG